AUGUUUUCGACAGUGAAAAGCUUGUAUGUCUUCUUCUCAUCCUCCGUUCGACAUUGGGAUGUCUUGAAGAAGUAUCUGCUUAACCUGUCGCUGAAGCCACUGAACGAUACUGGAACAGAAGAAAAGUUUGUCUCUUUCUUGAUGGAUUCUAAGGAUUUGGCUAAAGAAUUACAGCUGGAAGAUCUGACAUUACCAUGGAUAAGAAGGGAUGAGACAAUAGAUGAUCCAACAAAACGAAAUAAGAUUGAAUUCUACUAUUAUCUUUUAGAUAUAGUAAUCACAUCUUUGGAUGAGAGAUUGAGUCAACUGAAAGCUCAUUGUGAUUAUUUUGAUUUUCUCUACGACAUUGACGAGCUGAAGAAUACAGCUCCUGACAGCCUGGACACAAAGUGUAGAAACCUCACAUCGAAUUUGCAAGAUCAUGAGUCAAGCGACAUUGAUGCAUUGGAGUUGAGAGAUAACCAAAAAGUGCUUUCAACAUUGUUGAAACCUGGAAUAGGUCCAAAAGAGAUUCUGAAGUUUAUGGGAAGACAUAAUUUUUGCCCGAAUGUUAACACUGCUCUGAGAAUUCCCCUAACACUCUCAGUGACAGUUGCGAGUCGAAAGAGGAGUUUCUCAAAACUGAAAUUGAUAAAGACAAACCUCCGAUCAACCAUGAACAAAAUUCAUUUGAAUGAUCUUGCAACAAUAUCAAUUGAGAAUGAGCUUGUGGAGGACUUACAUUACACAGAUCAUGUGAAAGAGUUUGCAGAAGCAAAAGCUAGGAAGUUCGAUUUGUCUAGUAUUUUUUUAAAUUUUUGUGUUAUGAUCAGUGUCUUGUUGAAUGCAUUAUAUGUUCAUAACCAUUGA